AUGAAGCGCACGCUGAACCCUUACUGGAAUGAGAACUUUGACAUCACCGUGAAGGACUCGAGUGUCGUUGUUGUGCAGAUCUUUGAUCAGCGCAAGUUCAAGAGAAGGGACCAGGGCUUCCUUGGCGUCAUCAACAUCAAGGUGUCGGACGUCCUCGACCUGGAGCUCGGUGGACAAGAAAUGCUCACCAAGGAUCUCAAGAAGGGAUCUGACAAUACUCCUGUCAACGGCAAACUCAUCGUUUACCUUUCCACCCAGACUUCCACCCCCAUCACCAACCCUGGCCCCACCCCCAGCGCUCGCCCGGCCGCCAUCAACACUGGCGGCGAGUCUUCCACCAACUCUCUCAACGCCAACAACACCUCCACGCCCGAGCCCGACAGCCCGGCCACUCACAACCCCCGUGACUCCUUUGCCACUGGUGGAUCCACGACUUCCAACCCCACUACGGCCACCACGACGACUCCGUCUACGACUGCCAUCAACACGAACAGCACUGCUACGAUGAACUCGCAGCAGCCGUCACAGACGAGCCCCGUUGCGCCGUCGCAGAACCACCAGCAGUCUGCGAUCAGUGCGGUCGCAGGCGGUGCAGGAUCAGCGGGCAACACCCAGUUUGACUCGCACUCGGACCAGCUCGGGCCUUUGCCUCAUGGAUGGGAGCGUCGCAUUGAUCACCUUGGCCGUCAGUACUACGUCGACCACAAUACACGCACGACCACGUGGAGCCGCCCCAGCAGCGACCAGCAGUCCAACACGAACAAUGCCGCCAACUCGACCGGUGUCGCCCGUGCUCACCACAACACGCGUCUCACGGCCGAGGACAUGCUUGGCGCGAACACCACUGGCGGUUCGCAGACCCCCAACCAGGGCCAGCCGACUACCAUUGGCUCCACGAACCAGGCGACUACUGUCGGAUCUGGACCUCUUCCCGCCGGCUGGGAGCAGCGCUUCACCCCCGAGGGCCGCCCGUACUUCGUCGACCACAACACGCGUACCACGACAUGGGUUGACCCCCGUCGCCAGCAGCUGCUGCGCGUCAUGGCGCCGAACCAGCCGGGUGUCACGGUCCAGCAGCAGUCGGUCACGACUCUCGGCCCGCUUCCGUCCGGAUGGGAGAUGCGUCUCACUUCCACUGCCCGUGUCUACUUUGUGGACCACAACACGAAGACGACGACCUGGGACGACCCGCGUCUGCCGUCGUCGCUCGACCAGAACGUGCCGCAGUACAAGCGCGACUUCCGUCGCAAGCUCAUCUACUUCCGUUCGCAGCCUGCGCUCCGUUCCAACACUGGCCAGUGUCACGUCAAGGUGUCGCGUAACAACAUCUUCGAGGGCUCGUACACGGAGAUCAUGCGCCAGACGCCGAACGACCUCAAGAAGCGUCUCAUGAUCAAGUUCGAGGGUGAGGAUGGUCUCGACUACGGAGGUCUGUCGCGUGAAUUCUUCUUCCUGCUGUCGCACGAGAUGUUCAACCCGUUCUACUGUCUGUUCGAGUACUCUGCGCACGACAACUACACGCUCCAGAUCAACCCCAACUCGGGCGUGAACCCCGAGCACCUGAACUACUUCAAGUUCAUUGGCCGUGUCGUCGGUCUCGGUAUCUUCCACCGCCGUUUCCUCGACGCCUACUUCAUUGUCGCUUUCUACAAGAUGAUUCUGAAGAAGCGCAUCUCGCUCGCCGACCUUGAGUCUGUCGACGCUUCGCUCCACCGCUCGCUUACCUGGAUGCUCGAGAACGACAUCACCGAUAUCAUCGAGGAGACGUUCUCGAUCACGGAGGAGCACUUCGGCGAGAUGGUUACUGUCGACCUGAAGGAGAACGGACAGAACAUUGAGGUCAAUGAGGACAACAAGAAGGAGUACGUCGACCUGGUGACCGAGUACCGUAUCUCGCGCCGUGUGUCGCAGCAGUUUGAGAGCUUCAUGAGCGGCUUCAACGAGAUCAUCCCGCAGGAGCUGAUCAACGUGUUCGACGAGCGCGAGCUCGAGCUUCUCAUCGGUGGUAUGUCCGAGAUUGACGUCGACGACUGGCAGAAGCACACCGACUACCGCGGCUACAACCCGAGCGACGAGGUCAUCGAGUGGUUCUGGAAGAUUGUGCGCUCGUGGCCCGCGGAGCGCAAGUCGCGCCUGCUCCAGUUCACGACGGGCACGUCGCGUAUCCCUGUCAACGGAUUCAAGGACCUGCAGGGCUCGGAUGGCCCGCGCCGCUUCACAAUCGAGAAGGCCGGCGAGAUCACCCAGCUGCCCAAGUCGCACACGUGCUUCAACCGCAUCGAUCUCCCGGCAUACAAGACGUACGAGAGCCUCGAGCAGAAGCUCACCAUUGCCGUCGACGAGACCGAGGGCUUCGGCCAGGAGUAA